AUGGUAAAUUAUUUCGAAGUUACGGCAAGUUUGGUGCGCUCCAGAAGCAGUAAACGUAAAGAGCGGUGAGUAAAAAGCGCAGCAAAAAAACCAAAAAAAAAUCUGCCCCAUGCCAGGCUCGAACUGGCGACCUUGGCAUACCCUAUAGACUAUAAGUACCAUGCGCUAACCGACUGCGCCAAUGGGGCUCGCUGGUCGCCCGGCCUUAAAUGGCAUAUUUAAACUCGCUGUGUUUUCUUGCAGCGGAUUCGAGAAUAAGCUGGCUCAACAGGAGAACUCGGUGCUGAAUCAGACGUUCACAUUGGACACCAACAAAGCUGAGAGACUUCGCGAAUUCCGCAUUGAAGGUGAUAUAUUUUCUCUGUGUCUCUCUCAAUUUCCCACACUCUCUCGCCUAAUUAAUUAGGCCAAAAAUCAUUAGAGACUCUUGAUUUUCAGCCAAAAAAAAAAUAAAAAAAUUUUCAGACGCUAUCAACGGAUUUUUGCCACGUGCCAGAAGUAGUGGACCACGUCACAAUAUGUUGCAUCAGACGAAUUCGCAAGGCGAGGAGAAUGUUAGAAGGUGGGUAAGGGGGACUAGGAAUCCGGGUUUGGGAUUCUAGGCCACGCGAGGUCUAGAUAAUGUUAAAGGGAUGGCCUAGGAUUCUGGGUUUCGGAUUCUAGGCCAUGAUUUUCUAGCUGUCUGCGCUCUAUGAGAUUUCUACAGUCUCUAAGGUCUUGGUUUCUCUAGGCUCUCUCAAACCCUCGUGAUCUCUAACUUGAAUAUUUUCUCUGGUUUCUCUAGGCUCUCCUUGAAACGAGAUUUUCCUGUCUAGCUUCUCUGCGCUCUCUCAAAACCCUGUGAUCUUUCUCUAGCUUCUCUGGUCUCUCUUGAAUUCCUACACUCUCCAACUGUAUGCGCUCUCUUAGAUUCCUAUACUCUCUAAAGUCCUGGUUUCUCUGCACUCUCUCAAAACCCUGUACUCUCUAACCCUAUGAUCUUUUCUCUAGCUUCUCUGCACUCUCUUGUAUUCCUAUACUAUCUAACUCUCUAACUGUCUGGACUAUCUUCAAAACCCUGUACUCUCUAACCCUAUGAUCUUUCUCUAGCUUCUCUAGACACUCACAAAACACUGUGAUCUCUAACCCGGAUAUUUUUCUCUGGUUUCUCUGCGCUCUCUUCUAAACCUCAUGCUCUCUAACCCGAUGAUUUUUCUCUAGCUUCUCUGCACUCUCUCACUCUCUCUCUCUAACCUUUUUCAAAACCUCCCCCUAUAAUUACCAUUUCCGAAAUGCCGUGUGCUCCAUUUUUGUUGGCUCCGCCCCCAAUUUUUGCUCAAAAAUUUUUUUCCCACAAACAAAUUUUUUGUUUUUUUGACUUAUUCUAACUCAAAAAAAAAAUGACGACGACGACGAAAACAAAGAAUUUCGACAAAAGGCUGUGAGUUUUUUGCUGAAAAUUUGACUGAAAAUCUGAAAUUUUGGCUGAAAAUGAGCCACGUCAUAGCUCAAUUUUUGGGGGGUGAAAAUUGAAUUAUCACACGGCAUUUUGAGCAGGUGCUCUCUCUCUAGAAAAUUUAUUUUAUCGACUUUUUUUUCAUUUUUUUCAAAAAAAAAAUGAACAAAUCCUCUAGUCACGGUCAUUUGGAGACACUAAAUCUGCCCGAAAUUCUACCCAGGUAGGUCAAAAAUUCGGGCGCCAAAAACUACAGUACUCCCCAAGUUCUGGCGGUCAUUUUGAUGCCGAAUUCAAGCUAUUUUUGAUCUACAGUAAUCCUGGAGGAAAAUUUUUGAAUUCAAAUUUUUUCCCAGGAAAUUCUUCAAUUUUUGGACCCUACAGUUUUCCGGGAUGUUUUUUGAACCCAAAAAAAAAGCAGCAGGUGAAAAUUUCUGUUAUUUUGGUGUUGAACUUUGAGGGCAACAAGUUUGGAGUACUGUAGAUUACUGUAGAUGUAGAUCAAAUUUAGGUUCAAAAUGAUCUACAAAAUUUCCGGAUUACUGUAGCUUUUGACCCAGAAAUUCUAGGUUACUGUAGAUCAAAAUUGGGCUUAAAAUGAUCAUGAGAAGCUCAGGAGUACUGUAGAUUUUGGCCCAGAAAUUCUAGGUUACUGUAGAUCAAAUAUAGGUUCAAAAUGAUCUGCAGAACUUCAGGAGUACUGUAGAUUUUCUACCAGAAAUUCUAGGUUACUGUAGAUCAAAUUUAGGUUCAAAAUGAUCUACAGAAUUUCAGGAGUACUGUAGAUUUUGGCCCAGAAAUUCUGGGUUACUGUAGAUCAAAAAUAGGUCAAAUUUAGGUUCAAAAUGAUCUACAGAACUUCAGGAGUACUGUAGAUUUUAGGCCAGAAAAUCUAGGUUACUGUAGAUCAAAAAUAAUGCAAAAAUAGGUUCAAAAUGAUCUACAGAACUUCAGGAGUACUGUAGAUCAAAAAUAUGUCGAAUUUGGGCUUAAAAUGAUCAUGAGAAGCUCAGGAGUACUGUAGGUUUUGGUCCGGAAAUUCUAGGUUACUGUAGAUCAAAUUUAGGUUCAAAAUGAUCUACAAAAUUUCCGGAUUACUGUAGAUUUUGGCGCAGAAAUUCUGGGUUACUGUAGAUCAAAAAUAGGUCAAUUUUGGGCUUAAAAUGACCGGAAAAAGCUCAGGAGUACUGUAGAUCUAAAAUUUUUCGAAAAUAGGUCAAAAUUGGGCUUAAAAUGACCGUAAACCCCUCAGGAGUACUGUAGAACCCCAAAUUUUUUGCAGAGUUCGCUCCGAGACCACCUCGCUCUUCUCCACCACCUGUAAACUGCCCUCAUUGGACCAAAAAGCGUGUCUGGAGAAGAAGACGUGCACAAUUCGACCGUGGAGUCGAACCCAGGAUGAACUUCGUAAAUUCAAGGAGACUUUGAGUAACUCGGCUGCGAGUUCAGCUAAAAUUGAACAGAAUCCGGUCAAAAAUAAUUGA